UGCAUUAAUUAAAAUAAUUAUUUUUAUUCAAGAGAAAGUUGAAAAAAUGUCAACAUUUCUUGGAUUUAUUGAUGAAAUUCCUGGUAUUUCUAUUGACUGCUUUGAUGAAGAAAAUUUAAAUUCAUCUGUGUUUUUCUUAAGUCAUUGUCAUUAUGAUCAUAUGAAGGGACUAGAUUAUAAAUUUUUUAAUUAUUUAAUGAAAACAAAUAAAUUUCUUUAUUGUAGUCAUAUAAGUAGAUUAAUUUUAAAACAUACUUUUAAUUUAAGUAGUGAUUUAAAUAAAUAUGUGAAAAUAUUAUCAUUAAAUGAUUCAAUAAUUAUAAAUUAUAAAUAUGAUAAUAUUCAUCAUUCAUUAAAAGUAUCUAGUAUUUCAUCUGGGCAUUGCCCAGGAUCAAUUAUGUUUUUAUAUAAUUUGAAAGAUAAAAGAAUCUUAUAUACAGGUGAUUUUAGGAUUAAUAUAGAAGAUUUUUCAAACUUAAAAUCUUUACAUUAUAUUUAUAACACAGAAUUUAUUCCAUUAAAUAUCGAUACAAUUUACAUAGAUACAACAUUUUUUAAUGUAGACUAUAAUUUUUUUCCAAGUAGAUUUAGUAGUAUGAAAGAACUAUAUAUAACUGUAAAAGAUUGGAUAGAAAAAGAUCCAAAAAACGUUGUUUUAUUAGAAAUAUCUGCGUUAUAUGGCAGUGAGUUUAUUUAUAUUGAAUUAUCAAAAAUUUUGCAUAAAAAAAUUCAUGUUCAAGAUCAGGCUUAUAAGAUUUAUAAGCAAAUGGAAAUAUUAACUAAUUGUGUUACUGAUGUUAGUGAAAGCACGCCCAUUCAUGCAUGUAUUAAUAAAAAUAGUUGGAAAAACACACUUAAAUUAAAAUGCAGAUCUAAUAUUAAUCAAAAGCAUAUUUUAACUAUCGUUCUUUCAGCUAAGAAAUGGAUUGAUAAGAAUACAUCUUGCAUUAUUGAAUGGGAUAACAUAAGAAAACAGACAAAAAAUUUAUGUUAUUCGACACAUGCUUCUUAUAGUGAACUAAAGGCUUUUCUAGUAUAUUUCAAGCCACAACAAGUUAUUGCUUGUGUUUGCGAUAAAAAUGAUCGAAAAAAAAUCUAUGACUUAUUGUCAUCAAUUAUACAAAUAAUUAAAAGUGGUGAAGUUUAUAAUAACAGAAUGAAACUAGAUGUUUUAAAAUAUAAAUUAUGUACAUAUGAUUUGAAACCUGCUAUAAUCACUGACUAA